GAAGAGUGACGGUAGUAUCGGUCAGAGGAUCUAGUUCCUCGAAUUUAUGUAGCUGGCUGGAUUCAUAAGAACAUCUCAACCGUUGAAGCAUGUAAUUGUGUGCUGACACUCGUAAUGGGAGGUAUUACUCAUGCUUCCGACCUCCAAUUCCCAUCGAGGAAUUUUAAGUUGCUGCUCCACCCGGACACCGGCUGCUGCAACAUCCGAGAUCUGGACCUUCCCUCGUGUCUUUCUGUGCCAUUGUGUUGGACUCCAUUAUGGGGGAGGAUGGUUCUUGUUGUCACCGUGACCAACAACACUAGCGGUGGACGGGCAAGAUCUUGUCGCAUUGGAUUGAAGCAUUGGAGGUCGAAUCGUUGGCGGUGGUUGGUUGCGUAUCUGUGCCUGCAGCUGUUAGUUCCGGUAUCGUUGGUCGCCAAACAACACGAUCAUUGGCUACGCGUCCAGACAACAGAAAAUUAGAACGGAGAAAAAAUAAGGGGAAAGGAACGGGGGAAAAAUAGGGAAAAAAACAAGGCACAGGAUUUAAAUCUCCUCGACCAUUUCUUUUUUUCUUUUU